AUGGCCGGACAAGCUCGAAAGAAUGCGCUUAAAUAUUUUGAAAAAUGUUUAUCGCCUGAUGUGAAAAAGGGAGAAGCAACAGAGCGCUAUAAUGGCAUAGACGACGUCGCCUACGCAAUUUCGAGAUUACCUUUGGGUUCUCCUCGCGAACUGAAAGUCAUCUGCGUCGGUGCGGGCUUCAGUGGAUUGGCAUUUGCACGAGAAGUUGAACUGGGAAAUCUGCCUAAUGUGAAUCUCACAGUAUACGAAAAGAAUGCGUCGGUCGGAGGAACAUGGUAUGAGAAUCGCUAUCCUGGCUGCGAUAUUCCUGUUCAUAAUUACCAGUACUCUUGGGCCCCUUGCCCCUACUUCAAAAGCUACUAUGCUACCGGGAAGGAUAUCCACAAGUAUAUCGAAGCUGUCGCCGAUCAACACCAUCUCCGUAGAUACGUCAAAGUGUCCCACAAAGUCAUUGCGGCAACAUGGGUCGAAGAAAGUCAAAAGUGGCAAGUAAGAAUUGUCGUGACUGACGGGAGAGAACUGAUGGUUAGCAACCGAGUUGACAAGAGCGGAGAAUAUGGAGAGCCGUUUAUCGAAGAGUGCGAUGUCUUGAUAAAUGCUGGAGGCUGCUUCAAUGAUUGGAAGUGGCCGAAGAGCUUCAAAGGCCAGAUGAUCCAUUCAGCUGCUUGGCCCAAGGGUACCGAUCUGAAAGGAAAAACCGUGGCAUUGAUCGGAAAUGGUAGUACGGGAGUCCAAAUUCUACCCAACAUCCUUGCCGACGUGGAAAGGGUCUAUGUCUAUAUUCGCAGUAAGACAUGGGUAACGGCUAGCUUCGCACAAAGGUUUGCUGGGGCAAACGGCGCGAAUAUUAACUUUUCAGAGGAGCAAAAGGAGCAUUGGGCCAAACACCCAGACGAAUACCUGCAGUAUCGAAAAGAGGUGGAGCAAGAGCUGAAUUCGCGGUUCCGCCUGUAUCUUAAGGAUUCGGAUGCCCAAAAAGAAGCUCUUGGUUACUCCAUCUCUCAGAUGCAAGAGAAACUUUCUGCUAAGCCCGAAAUUGGUAGACGUCUUAUUCCAGAAUUUGCAGUUGGUUGUCGUCGCACUACACCGGGAAAUGGCUAUCUCGAGGCCCUUUGUUCGCCUAAGGUCGAAAUUAUCUGGGGAGGAAUCGAAUCCUUUAAUGAGGCCGGUCUGCUGGCAGAUAACGGUGAAGAGCGGUCUGUCGAUACUAUUAUCUGCGCUACAGGCUUCAAUAUGUCUUUCUCCCCUCGGUAUCCCAUCAUCGGUCGCAAUAACAUUAAUCUGCAAGAAAAGUGGGAUGACAACCCAGAAUGCUAUCUUUCAGUUACAACUGCCAAUAUGCCAAACUACUUCACAUAUCUUGGCCCAGGCAGUCCGCUUGGGCAUGGUAGUGUGGUCAGCUCUUUAGAACGCGUGACGGAGUAUAUCGUCAAGUUCGUCCGCAAGCUUCAAACCGAAAACUACAGCUCUGUUGUACCGAAAGCGCAUAUUCCUCGUGCAUACCAAAAGCAGGCUCUGGCGUGGCUUGAUAAGACUGCAUGGAACUCUAAUUGCGCAUCCACCUACAAAAAUGGAAAACCAGACGGUCCUUUGAUCUCUCUCCAUCCCGGUUCGAGAUUGCAUUAUUUCCAGCUUCUGAGUAAUCCACGCUGGGAGGACUUUGAAUGGACUAGUCUUUGUGGCGAUGAGGAUCUGGCAUUUGCUUGGCUUGGAAAUGGAUUUAUCGUGGAGGAGUGCAAGGAAACAACCGACAAGGAUCUGACGUGA